CAUCUCCAUCUCCCCACCACCGUCCACAGCUGUGGUAGUGAAAGCGGUCAACAGCAGCGGUUCACUCCACCUUCGUUUAGUCAAAUACCUUCACUUUCCUCUACAUUUCUGUGCCAAGUGAACUUGAAGACCAAACAAAAUGACAGACUCAAAGUAUUUCACCACAAACAAAAAAGGAGAGAUAUUUGAACUGAAAGCAGAGCUGAACAAUGAGAAAAAGGAGAAAAGGAAGGAAGCAGUGAAGAAGGUCAUUGCUGCCAUGACAGUAGGCAAGGAUGUCAGCUCCUUGUUUCCUGAUGUGGUCAACUGCAUGCAGACUGAUAACCUGGAGCUGAAGAAACUGGUCUAUCUUUAUCUGAUGAACUACGCCAAGAGUCAGCCUGACAUGGCCAUUAUGGCAGUGAACAGUUUUGUCAAGGACUGUGAGGACCCUAAUCCCCUCAUUCGAGCGCUGGCUGUGCGCACAAUGGGCUGCAUCCGCGUGGAUAAGAUCACAGAGUAUCUGUGUGAGCCUCUAAGGAAAUGCCUGAAGGAUGAGGAUCCCUAUGUGAGGAAGACAGCUGCCGUGUGUGUCGCCAAGCUGCAUGACAUCAACGCUCAGAUGGUAGAGGACCAGGGCUUCCUGGAUUCCCUCAGGGACCUCAUCGCUGACUCCAAUCCCAUGGUUGUGGCCAAUGCGGUGGCAGCCCUGUCUGAGAUCAGUGAGUCUCACCCCAACAGUAAUCUCCUGGACCUGAACCCCCAAAACAUCAACAAGCUGCUGACAGCCCUGAAUGAAUGCACAGAGUGGGGCCAGAUCUUCAUCCUAGACUGCUUGUCCAACUACAAUCCCAAAGACGAGCGUGAAGCCCAGAGCAUCUGUGAGCGUGUAACCCCACGUCUCUCCCAUGCCAACUCAGCUGUGGUGCUGUCGGCUGUAAAGGUCCUGAUGAAAUUCCUGGAACUGCUUCCUAAAGACUCGGACUACUAUAACACUCUGCUGAAGAAGCUCUCUCCUCCUCUGGUCACGCUGCUCUCUGGAGAACCUGAGGUCCAAUAUGUGGCACUGAGGAACAUCAACCUUAUUGUGCAGAAGAGGCCUGAAAUCCUGAAGCAAGAAAUCAAGGUGUUCUUUGUCAAGUACAAUGAUCCUAUCUAUGUCAAGCUGGAGAAACUGGACAUCAUGAUCCGGCUGGCCUCUCAGGCCAACAUUGCCCAGGUUCUGGCUGAGCUGAAAGAAUAUGCCACCGAAGUGGACGUGGAUUUUGUCCGCAAGGCAGUCCGAGCUAUCGGCCGCUGCGCCAUCAAAGUGGAGCAAUCAGCUGAGCGCUGUGUAAGCACACUAUUGGACCUCAUCCAGACAAAGGUGAACUAUGUGGUUCAAGAGGCCAUCGUGGUGAUUAGGGACAUCUUCCGCAAAUACCCUAACAAAUACGAGAGCAUCAUCGCCACUCUGUGUGAGAACCUGGACUCUCUGGAUGAGCCAGACGCUCGCGCUGCCAUGAUCUGGAUUGUGGGUGAAUAUGCAGAGAGAAUCGACAACGCUGACGAGCUUCUGGAGAGUUUCCUGGAGGGCUUCCAUGACGAGAGCACUCAGGUUCAACUGACCCUGCUGACUGCCAUAGUGAAGCUAUUCCUGAAGAAGCCCUCCGAGACACAGGAGCUGGUACAGCAAGUGCUCAGUCUGGCAACACAGGACUCCGAUAACCCUGAUUUGCGUGACCGUGGUUACAUCUACUGGCGUCUGCUCUCCACUGAUCCGGUGACUGCCAAAGAAGUGGUUCUCUCUGAGAAACCUCUGAUCUCAGAGGAGACAGACUUGAUCGAGCCCACCCUGCUGGAUGAGCUCAUCUGCCACAUCGGUUCACUGGCCUCUGUCUACCACAAACCCCCAAAUGCCUUUGUGGAGGGCAGCCAUGGCAUCCACCGCAAGCACCUGCCCAUCCAGCACGGCAGCAUUGACACUGGAGAGAGCCCGAUCAGCGCCGGCCCAGCAGCCCCCAUCGACCAGCCCCAGGUUAUCCCAUCUCAGGGUGAUCUUCUGGGUGAUCUGCUCAACCUGGACCUGGGCCCUCCAGUCAACGUUCCCCAAGUGUCCUCCAUGCAGAUGGGUGCUGUGGACCUUCUAGGAGGAGGCCUAGACAGUCUGCUCGGGGGAGACCUUGGAGGAGGUGUUGGGGGAAGUCCUGCAGUUGGCCAGAACUUUAUUCCAUCUUCAGUGCCCAACACAUUUGCUCCAUCCCCUACCCCAGCAACGCUGAGCAGUGGAUUGAAUGACCUGUUUGAACUUUCCACAAGCAUGGCCAUCACUACAGGCGGAUAUGUGGCACCUAAAGCUGUGUGGUUGCCAGCUGUCAAGGCCAAAGGGUUAGAAAUUUCCGGAACAUUCUCCCGCCGUCAGGGUCACAUGUACAUGGACAUGACUUUUACCAACAAAGCCUUGCAGCACAUGACUGACUUUGCCAUCCAGUUCAACAAGAACAGUUUCGGAGUGAUUCCUACCACACCUCUACCUGUUCACACACCUCUAAUGCCAAAUCAAAACAUCGACAUCUCCCUGCCUCUCAAUACCAUUGGGCCAGUUAUGAAGAUGGACCCUCUUAACAAUCUACAGGUGGCCGUGAAAAACAACAUAGACGUGUUCUACUUCAGUGUUCUGAUCCCACUCAACGUCUUCUUCGUUGAGGAUGGCAAAAUGGAGCGCCAGGUGUUCCUAGCCACAUGGAAGGACAUUCCCAAUGAGAAUGAGCUGCAGUACCAAAUCAAGGAGUGUCACUUAAAUGCGGACACUGUGUCAGGCAAGCUGCAGAAUAAUAACAUCUACACCAUCGCCAAGCGCAAUGUGGAGGGCCAAGACAUGCUGUACCAGUCCCUGAAACUCACCAACGGCAUCUGGAUCCUCGCCGAGCUCCGCAUUCAACCAGGCAACCCUAACUACACGCUCUCUCUGAAAUGCAGGGCUCCAGAGGUUUCUCAGUAUGUGUACCAGAUGUACGAUGCCGUGCUGAAGAAUUGAAUCCUCUCUCCAUUCCUCCAUCUCAUCAUCCUCCACUCAUUCCUGUGGUACAAGAACAAGCUACACCUUUUUUUUCUUUUUUCUCCACACUAUUUUCAAAUGCAUCUGUUAGGAUUUAUGUUUUUUCUCGUGUUGAGUGUCCCAGAAGCAACCACAUGCAUUCCGCUCAAGCGUCUUUGUGUUGUGGAUAAAGUGUAGAUGGUGCAUUGUGCCUCUUCCUGUGUAUUCCCUCUUCCCCCUGCCAUUAAGAAACAUGAAUGAGUCUGAUUUCAUUGCAUACGCUUUUACGUGACCUGUAUUUGCAAUACUUGACCAUUCCACUGGUAAAGAAAAAAAGGAAGACAAACAAAUAAGCGUGCUUGGUGGUGAUGUUUCAGGAGCCAUGCCACUUUUCACAUCUCAGAUUCACAUUCUCAGGCAGGAUCCGUGCGACCGAUACACAAGAGUUUUUUGAGCCAGCAUGGCCUCAGUAGCCAGUAGGAGGCAGGUGAGAAAGCAGGGUGCAGUGCAGAAGGAAGCAGGUGUUUGAUUUCUUUUCCACUGAGAAAUACAAUAGAAUGCCAGUGUUUACUUACAGUGUAGUCUUAUCAACGGUCGCUACUUCAGAACCACUAUAUUCAGCAGCUACCGAGACCAGAGCUCACCAACCCAGCAAACAUCAACAUUCUAAUGCUGCCUGUUUUAGAUUGCUUGCAGAGCUCAUGGACCAAAUAAGCCAGAGUACAUGGAAGAGAACAUUCUAGAAAAGUGCGAAUGGGGGUGAAUAUUCUAAAACAGUGUAAAAGAGAGACAGCAUUCUAGAUCUGUGUUAAUGGGGAGAACGUUUAAGAACAGCUCGAAGAGGGAGAAAGUACUAGAACGGUCAGGGGGAAAGAACGUUACGUGCGAAUGGGGGAGAGCAGAUGGGGCGAACAUUCCACAACAGUGUGAAUUGGGUGCACAACAUUCUAGAACGCUAUGAAUGGAGAGAAUGUUCUAGAACCAUGUGCCUAUUCAAAAGCAGUGUGAACGGAUUGAACUUUCUAGAAUAUUAUGAAUAGAAGACGUUCCAGAACAAGGGAAACAUUCUGGAACAGUGUGAAUGGGGGACAGUGUUCUAGAAGCGGAAUGGGAUGAACAUUCAAAAACAGUGUAAAUGUGGUGAACAUUCUAGAACAGGGUGAAUUGGGGAAAACAUUCUAGAACUGUAUGAAUGGGAUGAACUUUCUAGAACAGGGUGAAUGGGGGUGAAUGUUUUAGAGUCUCCCAACAAUCACACACCGGUAUGGCACACCAGGUAUUUGGGUUUGUCGGUGUUUGUUGGGUCUGUGUCCUCUGGUCGGGUCAAGUCGUGCCAUCAUUUCAGAUUUUGCCUUUUCUUCACUCUCCUGUUCUUUUUUUUUUUUGCCUUUCCUCAGUUAUGCCUAUGUAUCUGUUUUAUGUGCCCCAUUAUUUGUGAGAAACUGUGAAGCUGUGCUUUGCCAAUUCUGUGAGUAAUGAAAUAAGCUUUGCAUGCCUUAUAGCAUAUUCUUAUAGCACCUACUAAUGUGUAGAAUUUUUCAGCCUCCCCAUGUUUCCGAACGUGACUACACUCCAUAUUCCUACCAUUAUCAUUAAGCAGCUCGGAGUCUGGCAGUAUGUAGAUGUUACUUGGAACGCUUUCGGCUAUCUGAUCCUCUGUUCGUUUUUAGACUGAAUGCAGCCAGAAUAGUCACUUGGACUCCUCUUAUCCCGUUAUCACAUUGCUGUAUGGUCCUGUGCAGUGAUCUUGUGUACUGUGAUGAUAUAGAUUAGGCUCUUCUUAGGGUUAUACCAUCUAUGGAUAUUAUAAACUCCUCCUCCAGUAGUAGCAUAUGUUCUAGUUCUGUCUCAACACUAGAAUUCCAAUAAAUAAAGUGAACAAAUAUCCAACCGUUUAGAUGUUUUACAAUUAACAUUCAGUGGAACUAAAUCUUUGAAGGAACCAUGCUAAUAAGUGUGUAUGUUAUGGUAGUAUGGAAAAAAGUAGUGUAGGGUCGUCCUGUUUCUUUGUUGCCAGAAAUGUUUGUGCCUGUGAAGCUGCAUGUAAGCAGUGUCCAUUACUUUUAAAAAGGAAAAAAAAAUUACUAUAUAUGAGCCAUGUACAUCUUAAAAUCCCAUUAAGACCGUAUGGGAUCAUCUGGAAUUUCUGCAGUAAUGGUGUGUGUUCAUUUAUGAAAUGUGCUUGAAUACCAAACAUGACGUAAUCGUGCCAGUGAAAAAACAAAUUAAUCACAGUUGUUGAAAUUGCUUUUUUUGUAUUAUUUUACUCUCUUAAUGCUAAUAUUUCAAGUAGAGACCUGCCUUUGUGUUGUCUUUUGGCCUUUUCCUAUUAUAAUACAGGCCUGCUUCCUCUGCCAGAACUAAAGCCUCACAGUCAUUCCUCUUUCCUUUGUUAUCCUCUUCCCUCCUUACUGCCAAUGUUUUACUUCAUGUAUUUUUCAUUUUCAAUAAAAUCCUCACUGACCGUA